AUGAGCUUUGACGGCCUGAACAAUGACACUCUGUCCGCUGUUGUAUCCUUCCUUACUCUACGCGACAGUUUACGUCUCUGCCUAACAUCGCGCAGGUUCCACCCGCUCGCAAAACGCCAUGCACUGUCGGUGAUCGACCUUACGAGGGCCCGGCCGCCCUCGUUGAAAAAAGUGCUCAUCUACCUCCUAGCCGACGUUGAAGAUCGUCUGGCGUUCGUGCGGACGUUGAAGGUGUCCAAGGGGUGUUUCAGCAUGUCGUCUAGCAGCGAUGCCGGAGACUUUUCUGCUGCCCCCCUCGUUGCGGACGUAUUAGAGCGGGCGGGACACCUCAGGACCCUGGAGCUUAGUCCGAUAGGCCGACUCAUCGAGGCAGAACCGAGGAUCGCGGCUGCGUUAUGUCGUUUGGACCGCCUCAUAAACCUCAAUCUGGAGGACUUAUCCUCCGCAUCGUUCAACAUCGUAGGGCAGCUAUUAUGCAAUCCCCGACGACUCUCCCUAUCUGGCACAUGGCACGAUCCUCCUCCGUACGGAUCCGGAUCGGAGCCUUGUGAUGGGACACAACUCCUAUCUGCGCCUGUCCUACAGAACGUCCGUUCCCUUCGUCUGCGCAACCUCCGCAUUGCGCCGCAACACACUGGCAGUCAAGUCCCAGACACCGCGAUGCAAUCAGGGCAGAACGUUACCAGCCUGAUGGUGAAGAAUAGCUACGUCUCUGCUGCUGCGCUAGUUCAGGCAUUCCCAAACGUUAAAGCGACACAUGUUCAUCGUCGGAGAGACCCAGACGACUGGAAUGGGUCGGCCGACAAUCACGAGGCCCUUCUGGCCCUCCUAGACGACUGGAAUGAGCAGGCCAACGAUGACGAGACUCUUCCAGUGGUCCCAGGCGACUGGAAUGGGCCGGCCGACGAUGACGAGACCCUUCUGGUCCCUGAGACUCCAUGCUGGGGAGAGCUUGACUAUGUUUAUGGGGAUUGGCAAGGUCUGGCCCGAUGGCAAACGGCACUGAGAGUGCGAUGGCUCAUGCUCAGCAUGAUGUACGAACGGGAGGCUGAACAAUUACCGGCGAUCUUGCAGCGCACUUCACCCAUUAUCCUCUCCCUAGAGCGGUUCCCGACUAUGAUUCAGAUGGGGACAUCUUUCUGGGGACGUUUUGUGCGAAGUGCUCCCCGCAUUCGAUAUCUCGAUCUCACUCUGUCGUCGGACACUCUGUCUGAAGUGAAGUGGAACUGGACGUGUCUUGCGCUUCAAAGCUUGUCUCAGCUACCUCUGGAAGCUCUGCGUCUGCCUUGCGUUGAACCAUCUGGGUUUCAUGCGUCCGGGCACGAAGCCCUUGUUACAUUCUACCCUCAUACUGCAUGGCACUCUGUGAUGUGCAGACUUGCAGCCGAAAUCGCUGGGUCUAUCACCUCGUUGCGCGUCAUCUCGGUAGGACAGGGUGUCCUGGUGCGCAGUCCGGAGCGAUCGCUAUACCGCUUUUGUGGAACAGAGGUAUGGUGGCGGAUCGUCCCGAAUGACGAGCCUGGGUUUCCUGAAGACUCGGAGGACGGUGACAAGGAGGAUAGUAUUGAAGGCAGAAAGGAUGCCAAAGAUGGAGAGGGAGAGGGAGAAGAGGAAGGCGAGGGCGAGGGCGAGGAAGAUGAAGAACAAGACGGAGACUCUGUCCAGACACUCACCGUGGUACUGGGACCAAAGCGAUCUCGGCGAAUGGUACCCAUCUCGCGGGACUUAGGCGAUCAUAUUCGCGCAUACUUGGAAUCGAGUGAGUUCACUGAAACAUCACUGUUCAACGAUGAGCUGCUUGCGCGGCUGGAACGUACAGUAGUACCGAGAGAGCCGGUGUCUGAGCUGUGA